UUUUCCUUUAUUUGCUUAAAAAAUGUAUUGAAUUUAGUGUAAAAUAACGACCCUUUCUAUGUUUUUAGGGGGAUGGUCUCGUGUUGAAGUUAGCGAAGAAAUUCAGGCAAGUUUUCCUUUAUUUGCAUAAAAAAUAUAUUGAAUUUAGUGUAAAAUAUCGACCCUUUCUCUGUUUGUAGGUGGAUGCCCUCGUGUUGAAGUUAGUGAAGAAAUCCAGGCAAGUUUUCCCUUAUUUUCUUAAAAAAUGUAUUGAAUUUAGUGUAAAAUAACGACCCUUUCUAUGUUUUUAGGGGGAUGGUCUCGUGUUGAAGUUAGCGAAGAAAUUCAGGCAAGUUUUCCUUUAUUUGCAUAAAAAGUAUAUUGAAUUUAGUGUAAAAUAACGACCCUUUCUCUGUUUGUAGGUGGAUGCCCUCGUGUUGAAGUCAACGAGAAAUCUCGAAGAAAUUCAGGCAAGUUUUCAUUUAUUUGCGUAAAAAAUGUAUUGAAUUUAGUGUAAAAUAACGACCCUUUCUCUGUUUUUAGGGGGAUGGUCUCGUGUUGAAGUCAACGCAGAAAUGCGGGCAAGUUUUCCUUUAUUUGCUUAAAAAGUAUUGAAUUUAGAAUAAAAUAAUGCCCCUUUCUCUGUUUUUAGGUGGAUGAUCUACUAGUGUUGAAAUCAACGGAGAAAUUCAGGCAGGUUUCCCUUAUUUUCUUAAAAAAUAUUCAAUUUAGUGUAAAAUAACGACCCUUUCUCUGUUUUUAGGUGGACGAUUUCGUGUGGAAAUCAACAGAGAUUCGGGCAAGUUUUGAGUUAUUUGCUUAAAAAAUAUAUUGAAUUUAGAGGGAAAUAAUGCCCCAUUCUCUGUUUUUACGUGGACGUCCUCGUGUUAAAGUCAACGAAGAAAUCCAGGUGGAUGAUCUUAUGUCGAAAUCAACGGAGAAGUUCGGGCAAUGGACGGGAAUGUCGGUGACUGAAAGAUGCGGUCGCCAGUCUAAAAAGACGCAGUUUCCGUUUUCACUUUUCGCGUUCUACGUUCUCUGUUUCAUACAAAGUAAUGUGUGAAAUUGUUUAAUUAACACUUUAGAGAAAAGGAGUGAAAAACUGUAAAAAAAUAUUGUUAUAUCGCACCAUAGUGUAAUCUACACUAUGACCUCCCUUAGUCUAUCGUUAUUGAUUUUGCGUCACCCUGUAAUUAAAAAUCAUUCUAAGUAGUUACAGAAAAUAUCAAAACAAUUAGAAAAAUAUUCCAUUUUGAAAUGUCGUCAGGAUUUUCAUUUGGUCAAAAGCCUAACGAAACGCCACAGUUUGGUCAAACAUCAUUCGGAUCAUCAUCAUUUCAACUGGGUGCACCCGGAUCCAAUACUGUUGCUUCUCCACAGUUUUCAUCGACGUUUGGUGGUAAACCAAGCGGAUCGCUUCAAUUCAGUACACCAACUUCAACCCCAGCGUUCGGAACAAGUUUCAAUUUUAAUUCGCCGUCAUCUCAAGCAACCGUUACCACUGCUGCUGCACCGUCUUUUGGGUUUAGCACACCAGCACCUGCCUACAGUUUUGGAGGACCAACACCUGGAUUAUUUUCUCAACCAACAACGCAGAGUAGUUUGUUUCAAACACCAACAACUGCUACACCAAGUUUUGGUUUGGGCGCUGCUAAGUCACCAUUUACUUCAGCACCCACAAGUGGUAUGUUUACUAUUCCUUCAGCGUCAGUUACAUCUUCUGGAGCUCAACCUGCAACUUUAAAUUUCGGGGCCCCUACACCACCUGCUGCUUCAACAUUUGGUAUUUCACAACCGACAGUACCAAAAAUGCCAUUUGGAACUUCAACUGGAUUAACCUUUGGUGCCACUCCUAUUACAACUGCUGGUUUGUCUUUUGGUUUAACAUCCACAGCCGCAACUCCUAAGUUGUCAUUUGGGCCAUCUGUCGCAUCAACACCUUUGAAUUUUGGAGGAAGUCCACAAAUCUCAACCGCCUCGACAGCUUUAAAUUUUUCCACACCUAAAUCAGCACCACAAACGGGAUUAAGUUUUGCACCAUCUGCUUCAGCAAGUUUAACUUUUGCAACACCUACAACAUCGCAGGGUGUUGGUUUGGGUUUUUCAGCUGUUCCCACGACUAGUUUAUCUUUCCCGCUACCCACUGCAACAACGACAUCCGCAGGACUUAACUUUGGAACGUCCACUGCGGCACCUUCAGGUUUUUCCAUUCAGCCCACAUCUACUGCACCACCUUCACUGGGUACAGCGUUUGCAAUGCCCAUCUCCACUGCUGCAACAACUAGCGCACCUCAGGCUUCUGCAACGCUUACAUUUGGAACAACAUCUCUACCAGCUACUACAAUUGCUGUGGCGCCUACACUCUCAUUUCCUUUGAGUGCACCUUCAACAACUUCAUCCACAUUUUCGUCCACUACACCUACAACCACAGCUUCAUUGAGUUUUGGGACUCCCGUUGUGGCUUCUUCUAUGCCUGCAUCCACUGGUCUAUCGUUCGGUCUUGGUGGGAUAUCUAUAGCGAAGUCAACUGCAGCAAGUGUGCCUUCAACCUUUGGAAUUGGAGCACAACCUCCACAGCCACCUCCUCCUGCGCGUACAGUCGGCUUGGGGGGAAUCAGCUCUACCCCACCAAAACUCACAACACCAACAACAAGCACACAGGCUCAAAUUCCACCAAAAGAACAGCCUCUACCUCAGGAAAUACUACAAACAGUUGAGCAGUUUAAAAAAUUUGUGCAAGAACAGAAAAAUUUUUCGUCCGAGAUCGCCCGGUCGUCCAUCAAAGAAUUGAGGAAGGUGGAGGCCGACGUUGAUUUAAUCAACAAUUGCAUGAACGAGGUGGAAAACGAAAUGCGAAAGAAUAAGGCGAUUGCGGAAAAGAUUAAGCUUGACACGGCCAAAGGCUUACAAAAUGCGGAAAUGGCACAGAGAACUUUUCAUACGCCCGCCGGCUUGCAGUACGAAAAUACUGCUCCCUUCGAGUACUUCAUAGAAUUAUCGGAUAGCUUCGAAAAGGAAAUGACCGAGCUAAAGUUACGAAUUGAAAGUGUCAGUAAGCAUGUAAAGAAUACGAUGAAUCCAUCUAAACUUACCCCUCAAGAUUUGGCGCUGGGUAUGCGCAGACUUCACGAAGCAUUCGUAUCAUUGGCUGGGCAGUUACAGUCUGUGCAUAACCAAGUCGAAAUGCAGAAAGAGCAAUAUCUGAACAUGCGUAAGACGUUGUUUAACGAUUAUUCAAACGUGUUCGAGACACGGCCUAAGCAGUCGAAAGAAUGGGAAACAAUUCUGGGCGAUUUAACCAAACAGCAAAUGCACAACAAUUCGAGUCCGACGCCUUUUAAUUUACUCGGAAGCUCUCAAGUUCAGACACUGGCGCAAAAUUUUUCCUCGAGUCUUCCCACGACGACAACUUUAGGGGCACCCAUAACAACUGGAUUUAAUAUAGGAACAGCACCAACCAUGCCACUUUUUGGUAGCACCCUACCUACCUCGUCAUCAUUAUUUAACACCUCUUCUUCCAAUGCUUUCCAACUACAGAAACCACCGGUCGGCAAUAAACGAGGGAAGCCAUAGUGCCGGUUGCGAAAACUAUAUAGAGUGUAAAAGUGCAACUUGGUAGCAUCGUUUUAUUAACUUUUAUAAACUAAUAAUAUACAAAAUCAAUAAUUUAACAUGUAGUAAAAAAACUUAAAUUGCUCCAACUUGAAGAACUGGAAUCAACAACUGAAAAGCGUUCUUCAGAUAGGACGUGCUGUUGGCCGACUGAAAUUGAAAUAUUAAAUUUAACGUUAAAUAAACGACAUCCUUUUA